CGCGGCCCCGCGCCGAGCUCGCCGGCCCGAGUCAGCGUGGGCGAGGUGGGAAGCGCGCCCGACCCGCGUCCCGCGCCCGGAGUCGUCCCCUUGAGUGCCAAUGGCCACGCGGGUGCUGACCAUGAGCGCCCGCCUGGGACCCGUACCCCAGCCGCCGGCCCCGCAGGACGAGCCUGUGUUCGCGCAGCUCAAGCCCGUGCUGGGCGCCGCGAACCCGGCCCGCGACGCGGCGCUCUUCCCCGGCGAGGAGCUGAAGCACCCGCACCACCACCCGCAGGCGCAGUCCGCGCCCCCGCAGCCGCCGCAGCCGGCGCCGCCGCCCGCCGCGGGCCCGCGGCUGCCCCCCGAGGAGCUGGUCCAGACACGAUGUGAGAUGGAGAAGUAUCUGACACCUCAGCUUCCUCCAGUUUCUAUAAUUCCAGAGCAUAAAAAGUAUAGACGAGACAGUGCCUCAGUCGUAGACCAGUUCUUCACUGACAGUGAAGGGUUACCUUACAGUAUCAACAUGAACGUCUUCCUCCCUGACAUCACUCACCUGAGAACUGGCCUCUACAAAUCCCAGAGACCGUGCGUAACACACAUCAAGACAGAACCUGUUACCAUUUUCAGCCACCAGAGUGAAACGACCGCCCCUCCUCCGGCCCCGACCCAGGCCCUCCCUGAGUUCACCAGUAUAUUCAGCUCCCACCAGACCGCAGCUCCAGAGGUGAACAAUAUUUUCAUCAAACAAGAACUUCCUACACCAGAUCUUCAUCUUUCUGUCCCUCCCCAGCAGGGCCACUUGUACCAGCUACUGAACACCCCGGAUCUAGAUAUGCCCAGUUCUACAAACCAGACAGCAGUAAUGGACACUCUUAAUGUUUCUAUGUCAGCCGCCAUGGCAGGCCUUAACACACACACCUCUGCUGUUCCGCAGACUGCGAUGAAACAAUUCCAGGGCAUGCCCCCUUGCACAUACACAAUGCCAAGUCAGUUUCUUCCACAGCAGGCCACUUACUUUCCCCCAUCACCACCAAGCUCAGAACCUGGAAGUCCAGAUAGACAAGCAGAGAUGCUCCAGAAUUUGACCCCACCUCCAUCCUAUGCUGCUACAAUUGCUUCUAAACUGGCAAUUCACAAUCCAAAUUUACCGGCCACCCUGCCAGUUAACUCGCAAAGCAUCCAGCCUGUCAGAUACAAUAGAAGGAGUAACCCUGAUUUGGAGAAACGACGCAUCCACUACUGCGAUUACCCUGGCUGCACAAAAGUUUAUACAAAGUCUUCUCAUUUAAAAGCUCACCUGAGGACUCAUACUGGUGAAAAGCCGUACAAGUGCACCUGGGAGGGCUGUGACUGGAGGUUCGCGCGCUCGGACGAGCUGACCCGCCACUACCGGAAGCACACCGGGGCCAAGCCGUUCCAGUGCGGGGUGUGCAACCGCAGCUUCUCGCGCUCCGACCACCUGGCCCUGCACAUGAAGAGGCACCAGAACUGAGCCCCGCCGCGGCCCGCCGUGCCUAUGCAAUUCACACUGACGCUGUGCAGUUCAUUUGGCAAAGUUUUAAACGACAAACCUAACUACGUAUAUAAAAAGAAAAAGAAAACAAAAAACUGGAAAUGUAUAUUUUGUAUAUUUGACGAAACAGGGAAUACAUUGUAUGAAUACCAAAGUGUUUGGUCCUUUUAAGAAUCUGGAAUGCUUGCUGUAAUGUAUAUGGCUUUACUCAAGCAGAUCUCAUCUCAUGACAGGCAGCCACAUCUCAGCGUGGGCAGGGGGGUGGGGGUUGCAGGGUGUGUUUGCAGUGUUUUUACCUAAGCACCAUCAUUUAAUGUGACAGUGUUUAGUAAACAAGUCGGUUGGCAGGCACAGGAAGAAGGCUGGGUUGUAUGUCAAGAUUUUACUUGACAUCGAGUAGGGUUUUUUUUCAAUAUUAGGUAAUUCCUGAGAGGUGCGCACCCCAGCGUACCUGGCGAUUCACAAAUAGCCAUUGAACAAAUGUGGGUUUUUUUGUUUUUAUAUGAGUUGCCUCUAUUUGCUAUCCGAAAUUUUGUAAAUAUGCAAAUCAGCUUUGUAGGUUUAUUACAAGUUUUCUAAGAUUCUUUUGGGGGAAAAUCAUAAAUAAAUCUGCUUGAAAAUAAACCAUGAAUACAUUUACAGUUAGAAUUUGUGGUAAGUUACCUCUUGAAACCUUACCAAAUUCAUUUCUUUCGGAGGAAGAAAUAAUCAUUCAAAUAAACUUAAAGCAGAUUCCAUGCACUGAUUAAAAUAGGGUUGUUUAUUUUAAAUAUGAAAAACAUUUUAUAUGAAUUGUGAACUCAAGAGCGCAGAGAUACGAUACACAAAAGUCAAACCUCUUAGAAUAAGCUAAACACAGUAUCGUUUUAGAAAAAGAAGGACUUAUGUAGCUCUCACAUGGCGUUGUUGGAUUUACGAUACAGUUUUCAUAUCCUGAGAUGUUUGCUCGUGCAGUACUGUGGUUAAAUGCCAAUUUAUGUGGAUUUUGCAUGUAAUAUACAGUGAGACACAGUAAUUUUACCUAAAUUACAGUGCAGUUUAGUUAUUAAUCAUUGUUAAUACUGACUCAGUGUCUGCCUUUAAUUAUAAGUGACAUGUAGAAAACUUAAGGAAACAAGUGCUACAUAUAUGCAAUGUAAUAGAAAUGUGAUGCUGAUGCUGUUAACCAAAGGGCAGAAUAAAUAAGCAAAAUGCCAAAAGGGGUCUUAAUUGAAAUGAGAAUUUAAUUUUGUUUUUAAAAUAUUGUUUAUCUUUAUUUAUUUUGUGGUAAUAUAGUAAGUUUUUUUAGAAAAUUUUCAUAACUUGAUAAAUUAUAGUUUUGUUUGUUAGAAGAGUUGCUCUUAAAACGUGUAAAUAGAUGACAAACGGUGUAAAUAUUUUGUAAGGCUUCAAAAUGUUUAUACGUGGAAACAUGCCUACAUAAAAAGCAUAAAUUGGUUGCUGUUUUGCUUCUUUUCCCCUCUUAUUUUUGUAUUGUGGUCAUUUCCUAUGCAAAUAACGGAGCAAACAGCUGUAUAGUUGUAGAAUUUUUUGAGAGAAUGAGAUGUUUAUAUAUUAACGACAAUUUUUUUUUGGAAAAUAAAAAGUGCCUAAAAGAUU